UUUUGGCGACAGGACAGGUCGUGCGCCCGAUCACUAUAAAUAUGUCAGACAUAUUUACAGUAUCAUAUACAGUACGCUACAGUGAUGCGGAGCCCGUGUCACUGUCGACUACAUUUCCCACGCAACAACGCGCAUAUCAGCAUCCACAGAGAAACACGUCCGCGUAAAUAAAUCCACGCUCAUUUAAAGGCAUCAUAUCGAAUAUCGCAAGAGGAAUACCGUUUGAUCUGACCGAUGCGUCUCAUUACAGACAGCCUGAUCCAGUAAUCGCUGAAUUAUUUAGUGCAGAUCGGUAAAGAUGCACGACGGAUUAAAUGGACUGGUGAGAAACUAAAGACUGUCGAUAUAUCGUGGGAGUAAUCCUGACACGAAUGAGAGAAAUGCAACCUUCCUGCACAACAAUUGCCGUGGCCUAAAACGACAGGUUAUCGUUUUUGUCGAUGGACUGCUUUGAGAAAUGCCAGUGAUGGGAGCAGUGUUACAGGAGCGCACUGUCCAUAACGCGCAAAACGAGUUUCUUCCCUUUCACAGGACAGACACUAAUCGGUUUGGACCAAGCAAGAAAAACACAAAGACUUCUUUGUACCAACCACGUAAUAGUGGCAGCAGCCUGUCAGCCGAACCUGACUGUCAGCAGAGGUUAAGAAGAACAAGACCUGAGAAAAAGUUGAUUGUUGCAGACUCACCAGUCAGGCAACACAACACCAAGAUCAAAUCUCACGUGUCCUCCAAAAAUGGACUGAAGGAAAGACGUCCAAAACAAAGCAGCAAUGCUGAAAAAGUGAGCGGUAGCAAGAGUUCAGGUCUACAGCCUGCACAGCAGAUUUCUGUAAAAGAGCAAAGAGAAGAGUCAUCAGAACGUAGAACUGAAGCUAAGGACACUGCACUUGGUAAAAACGAAGAAGAGGAUUCAGACAGUGCAAGUGACCUCUCUGAUUCUGAGAGAUGUUCAGCACUUCCUCCUCAAAUCAUUCCUCCAGACCUUGACUUACGGGCGGAGGUCAUAGAUCCUUCAGACUUACAUCCCUCGCGACUUGCUUGUCGAGGACGCACUGGUGGCAGCUAUCCAGAUUUCCUACCGCCUCCUUUUAAUUCUUGGAGUCUCAAGCAACUAGCCGUGUACUUGAAUACGGAUGGCAAAGGAAUUUCUCGGCCAAAGCCUGUUGGGCAGCUGGAGAGGUACUUGGAUCGGCUGUUACAAAUGGAAUGGCAUCAGAUCCAAACAGUCCAAGAGGAAAGCAGCAAAUCUAAUGGACAGAUACCAAAGGGUCGCCAUACAUCUUCACAUUCCAGCCUCAGCUCUCCUAAGUGCAUCCUUCAGUGUCAGCGAGCUUUCCCUUUGGCGUUACUGUCCUCCUUGACCAACGCUCCCACACUGCAGCUUCCAAGCUGUCCACAUUGCAGGAAGAGAUUCCCCAUCUCUCACGCCUACCACCACCACCACACACGGUUGAGUCCGAUAAGGGGUCAGGCCUCAGGCUUUCCUAAAAGAAGCUGCAGCGAAAGCAGAGCUCAUCAAUUUAAUCAAAGACAGAAAACCCGCGAGCACAGACUCAGUGACCCGCUGAGUGAGAGCAGCCAUCUGAAGCGCAUGCAGGCUGUCGGUAACAUUCGCAAUCCUGUAGGAUUCAUAAAUAAUUCAGAGCAAAUUUUAUCUAUUACACCCAGUACUGCCAGUCUCGAUGAUGUCAAAAUAAAAAGGUUGGGGCGAAGAAGUCAUUCCUGUGGGGGUAGGGAGGCUGGUUAUAAGACAAGAGGACGAAGUGAACAGAGGAAGACUUUUGAUGAAACAAAACAGGAUUCUGAUUUAUCUGGUGCUAGAAGUUCAGAUGGUUUACUCCGUUCAAAAGACUCUGUUACUGCACGACUAAACAGGAAACAGAAGCGCGUUGAAUUUGUCACAAAUUAACAGAAGGACUAAAUUUGUAGGCCUCUAAAAUGUUUAGGGUAAAAUGUAUAACUUAAAUAAUUAUUCUGCUAUUACUACUACUGUUUAUUUCUACUGCUCACUUUUACAUUGUAAAUGAAAAAAGCAAGAUCAGUUUUAUAUUUUUCUUCUCUAAAGUGAUUGUCUGAUUCUUUUUUAUUGUCUACAGAUAUAACAGAUAUAUUCUACUUUACUGUAUGUAGACCACUUCGGAAGACAUAAUGCUGAUCCAACGACCUGAAGAACUUCCUGUUUUAACACUACAGAAACAUUUGAACAAAACACAGCCAACAGAACAAUGAUAACCGAAUAAAAAUGUUAAACUAAUAUUUUUAAGAUGUAACUUUUUAUGAUUUAAAAAAUGACAUUAAAAUAAAAAGUGAAACCGGAAGUGCUUCUGGACUUUGAUAUGUCUGAACACCACUGGCCUUAAUGUGACUGGUAAAAAGAGCAACAAUCAUCAUUCAAAGUAAACUUGCUUUUUCUUUGAUUUAUAAGGUGAAAGUGUUUGCAUGAUAAAAAUAAUUUACAACAACAUUUUUCUACCACGAGAGCUAUUUUUUAAGAAAGGAAGUUUUUGGAAUAAAUGCCAACAACAACAACAACAACAACAAAAACAGUUUUAAAAACACUGAAGUUUGUUUCAUCUAAUGGAAGAAUACUGCGACACGCUCUUACACGGGAUAAUGAUACGAAUAGCCCAUGAGUUUGGUCCAAAUUCAUUGUUGAUUACUUUCAACCCUCCAUACAUGUCUGACCUGACAACAGAUCAGAUACUUACAUAAACAUUAUUUUUGAUAUAAAUCACAUUAAAUAAAGGAAAUUGUAAUGUAGGUCUAGUUGUUUCCAUUAUUGGUUAUCUAUUUUGGCACCAUUAGCUA